AUGCAGGACUUCCUCUUGGGAAACCACAGCUCCCUUACUGAGUUCAUUCUUUUAGGAUUCUCUCGUAAUACAAAGAUAAAUGUUAUUCUAUUCAACGUCUUCCUUUUCCUCUACCUCACCACCCUUCUGGGCAAUGGGCUCAUUAUCACCUUGAUAUGCAUGGACUCCCACCUCCACACACCGAUGUAUUUUUUUCUUAGUGUCCUAUCUAUUCUGGAUACGGGCUAUGUCACUACCACAGUGCCCCAGAUGCUGGUGCAUCUGGUUUGCAAGAAAAAGACCAUUUCCUACAUUGGAUGUGUGGCCCAGAUGUACAUCUUCCUGAUGCUAGGAAUCACUGAGUCUUGGCUUUUCGCAAUCAUGGCUUAUGACAGGUAUGUGGCUAUUUGCCAUCCCCUGAGGUAUAAAGUCAUCAUGAGCCCUUUGAUGUGUGGGUCAAUGGUGGCCUUCUGUGGAUUCUGGGGUAUUAGUUGUGCCCUAAUAUACACUGUCUCUGCUAUGAUUCUUCCCUAUUGUGGACCCAAUGAGAUAAAUCACUUCUUCUGUGAAGUACCUGCAGUCUUGAAGUUAGCCUGUGCAGACACAACUCUCAAUGACCAGGUGGACUUCAUCUUGGGCUUCAUCCUUCUGUUGGUCCCACUCUCCCUUAUCAUCAUUGUCUACAUCAAAAUAUUUGCUGCCAUCUUGAGAAUCCGCUCAUCCCAAGGGCAACUCAAGGCCUUUUCCACCUGUGCCUCCCACAUCACCGUUGUCACUAUGUUCUCUAUUCCAUGUAUGGUUAUGUACAUGAGACCUGGCUCUGAGGCCUCCCCAGAAGAGGACAAGAAACUAGCUUUAUUCUACAAUGUCAUCUCUGCCUUCCUCAACCCCAUUAUCUAUAGUCUUCGGAACAGAGAUGUGAAGAGGGCUUUCCUCAAAGUGACAGGCUGGGGCAAUGCACCAGAAUGAAGUCACAGAAGCAUGAGCACCAGCAACAAACCCAGGACACAG